AUGUUGAACUAUAAGCUUAAAACCUCUUUAAACUCAGACGACAGAUCAAGAGAUCCAUACACAACCCCCAGAAAUUUGUCAGCCCCUAAGCUAAAAGAGUGAUCCUCUCAAUCUGAUGCCAAACGUAAAAAAUCUGAACGAAAAAAAACUCCCAAGCACUCACCUCUGAAUUUUACCUGCAAAGAAAUAAGUCUAUCUCCCAAAGGCAGAGAGCAUGAGCUUUUUAUUGUCGACUCUAUCCCUUUUCCUAAAAAGCAAUUUGAAAAAGCAUCAUAUAAAACUGAAAGAAGGUACGCAGACAACACAGAUAGGGCUUAUUGGAGUAGUGAAAGCAGUGACGUUGAAGGGAAAGACAAAGAAAUUGGAAAGCUGCAUUAUGAAACUAUUAUUAAAAAGCUUACUGAAGAGCUAAACGAAACAAGAAAUCAACUGAAAAUAGAAAGGGACACGAUCCAACGUAUUGAGAGAAACCGAAUUCGUGAUUUAAAAACAAAGCAGAAGUUAGAAAGCGAAUUAGAAGAACUAGAGAAAAUAUUCAUUGAGGAAAGAAAACAGCUGAAACCUAAAGGAAAUGAAGAAGAAUUUAUGCAGAUUAAGAAAGAAAACGAUAUGAUGAAAAAAGAAAUUGAAAAUUUGAAGAACCAAAAUAGCCAAUAUAUAGAAAUGCUUAAGCAGAGAGAUGAAUAUAUAAAAGAAAUAGAAAAAAAACUGGAUAGCGGUAAUGAGCAUAGUGAGCUUAAAAUGCAAUUAGGAGAACUUGAGAAAAGUUUUGCGAAUUUAACUCUUUUAAGCGAUUUAUAUGGAGGAAAGCUGGCAGAAAAUGAAAAAACCAUACAAAAUUUACGGACUCUUCUGGCUGAAAAAGACCAAACAAUUAAAUUCCUAGAAGAAAAUGUUUCGCUAAAUGGAUUUAAAGUAGAAAUUGAUGAAAGAAAUAGUAUGUAUACAAGCCUGGAAAAGGAUUUAAUAGCUCGCGUCAGAGAAUAUAAAGACAAAACUUUAAAUGUGCUGAACUCUGGUGAAAAAGCAAAAAAGAGAGCUGAAAACCAAUCUCCAGAUUUCGAGCAAAGUAUCGAUAGCAUUAAAAAUGAUGGGAAAAUAUGCUCACAAUCAAAUCUUUCAAAAUCAACAAGUGAUCUUAUUGAUUUUAUUGACCCACUAUUAUCUCCUAUACAGUCAGUAUCCCCAAUACGAGCAGAAAGAGUAUCAGAUGUGCACCUGCCAAAGCUUCAGCUCAAUACACUCAAUGGCCAAGAUCCUUAUACUCCUCCAACAUUCAGAAAUCCUGAAGCCAAUAAUUCUUUGCAAGCAUCCCUUGAAAAUUCAUUUUCUGAUAUUAAAAAGCGAUUAAGCUACCUCCAAGCAAAUACAGCUUAUUUAGAUCAUAGGAUGGAUAUUUUUGAACAAAAAGUAAAAGCUAAUAGUGACAUUAUUUAA